CUCUCUCUUUCUCUCUCUUUCUCUCUCUUUCUCUCUCUCUUCUCUCUUCUCUCUUCUCUCUCUCUCUCUGUGAUUGGAUAGACAGCCUGACGGUUGGAACUCAACAUGCCAGUGAUGUCAACGCCAGACUUCAGACUGUAACCAUGGGCAACGUGGAGAGCCAGAACGGCGAUCGCGCCUUCUACGGCACCCAACAUGGCCACCUGUCCCGUAAGCACAUGUCUCGAUCUCUCCGCGUCUCCAACAAGCACCAUCAGUCCCAGUCCAGUUCUGGUUCCACCCGCCACUCCCGUGACUGUCACGCCUCGCAAGGCAAAGUGGAUCACCGAAACUCUGAGACCUCCACACGUUCCAGCAGCACCCCUAGUAUCCCACAGUCCUUAGUGGAUCACGCCCUGGAGCCCUUCAACCAGACCAAUGUCCUGUCGGACUACUCCUCUCCGAUCUGGGUGGACCGCGUGGCCAUGAACCUCCGGCCCGUCUCCUGCCAUACCCACCUAGACAACCCGUCUGUAGCGCUCCAUCAAGACGCAGAGUCACCUGGGACUAGACCCCACGAACCCCAGGGUCUACAGGACAGAGGACUGGGCCUAUACAGUAACACAGGGGAGGCGACCUACCUUCAGAAGACUAGAGACGGACCUAGGGAACCCCGAGAGGUGGUCAGCUUCAAGAAGAAGAGAUCCAAAUCAGCCGACAUGUGGAGAGAAGACGACAGUCUGGAUUUCAGUCUGUCAGACCUCAGCCAGGAACAUCUCACCAGCACAGAGGAGAUCAUCGACACGGAGGAGGUAGAAGACUUCCCUGAUUGUGACGGCCUGCUGGGGCUUGUGUCCCCUGAGGGUCUGGAGAGUCUGGACACAGCAGGCCGGGCCAACUCCCUGGACCAGCUCUACGGGGGUCAGAAGACCCGCCGACCCGCUGGACGCUACGCUAAGUGGCACCAUGACGCUAACCGCUCCGCCCGGGAGGGUGAGAAGAUGGUGUCUCCGGAGGAGGAGGAUGAUGGGAACUCGUACGGAGCGUAUACUCUGCCCUGCCGACGCUCACACUGCCUGUCUGAGGGGCUAACCAAUCCUCGGGCUGCCACCUGCUCCACCAUGCAGGGACGCAGGGCACAGACCAUACAGGAUGUGACAGCCGGAGAGGGCAGUGAGUACGAGGACAGUGGCAUAGACGGGGUGACGGCUUCGGGGGCGAAGCAUCAGUCCCGGCGCUAUAAGACCAUGUCUAUGUCCUUCUCCGUGUGCUCGGCGGCGGGGCGGAGCCUGUUCGCUGGCAGUGACAGCGGAAGCAGCAGCGGGGGAGGAGCCAGUGAAGGGGUUCAGGGGGUCUACGAGAACUUCAGACAGGAGUUGGAGAUGAGCUCAUGUCAGACAGAGAGUCUGGAGGAGGCGGGGUCAGCCCUGAGUGACGAGCAGAGCACCAUGAGUUCAGCCUACCAAUCAGAUCCCCUGCACGGCGUUGUCCAGGGAACCGUGCGGAAGGCAGGCCGGCUGGCCGUCAAGAACUUCCUGGUUCACAAGAAAAGCAAGAAGGUGGAGUCGGCCACCAGGAGGAAGUGGAAGAGCUACUGGGUCUGCCUCAAAGGAUGCACUCUCUUCUUCUACGAGACGGACGGACGGUCGGGGAUCGACCACAACAGUGUCCCUAAACAUGCGGCGUGGGCUGAGAACAGUAUUGUCCAGGCCGUCCCUGAACACCCCAAGAAGGACUUUGUCUUCUGCCUCAGCAACUCUCUAGGAGAUGCAUUUCUCUUCCAGACGUGCAGUCAGACGGAGCUGGAGAACUGGAUCACGGCCAUCCACUCGGCGUGCGCGGCGGCCGUUGCCAGGCAGCAUCACCGGGAGGACACGGUGCGUCUGUUGAGGGCGGAGAUUAAGAAGCUGGAGCAGAAGAUCGACAUGGACGAGAAGAUGAAGAAGAUGGGAGACAUGCAGCUCAGUGCCGUGACCGAUACCAAGAAGAGGAAGACCAUACUGGACCAGAUCUUUCUGUGGGAGCAGAACUUGGAACAGUUUCAUAUGGGGUUGUUCCGGUUCCGGUGUUACCUGGCCAGUCUGCAAGGAGGGGAGCUGCCCAACCCCAAACGCCUGCUAGCCUUCGCCUCCAGACCCACUAAACUGGCCAUGGGACGCCUCGGAAUCUUCUCUGUGUCGUCCUUUCAUGCUCUGGUGGCAGCCCGUACAGAGAGCGGGGGGAGGAGACGUACGCAGGCCAUGUCACGUACCUCCUCAUCCAAACGUAAGAGCAGGUUCUCCUCUCUGUGGGGCCUGGACACUACUUCCAAGAAGAAGACCACAGUCCACCCUACCAUCAACCAGGUCUUUGUUGAUGGGGAGGAGCCAGUGAAACAGCCUCUGGACGGGAUCUAUGAUGUGGACACUGCCAGGGAGAGAGGGAAGAGUCAUGAGGGGAAGAGUCUUCCUCAGGUCAACUCAGACAGUCACAUGACAGACAGUGAUAUCUGGGUGCCUGACCACCUGACCCCGUCCUGGGUGUGUCUUCCUAACGACCAGCCUGUCCUCGCCAUCAUCCAGCCUGGAGAGUCUGCUCUGUACGCGCUGGAGACCAUCUGCAAGGCCCACCAGCUGGAUUCCACCAAACAUUACCUGCGUCUCAAGUUCCUCAUGGAUAACCAAGUCCAAUUCUACAUCCCUAAACCUGACGAGCAGCUGUGUGACUUGCUUUACAAAGAGAUAGAGCUGGGCUCCAAAAUAACCAAAGUCAUCCAGUUCGACAGGGAUGAGUCCUGUAUGAUUGGCUACGGUAAGGAUGAGUCCUGUAUGAUUGGCUACGGUAAGGAUGAGUCCUGUAUGAUUGGCUACGGUAAGGAUGAGUCCUGUAUGAUUGGCUACGGGUUUUCCAUCUCAGUGGUAGAGGAGGAUUUGGUGCAGCAGCUCUACAUAACCGAUGUAAAGGCGGGAGGAUUGGCCUUCGCUAGAGGUCUGAAUGCGGGCGAUGAGAUCUUGCAGCUGAAUGGGAAAGACUCGUGCAGAUUGAAGUUCGGGGACAUGAAGGGGGCGUUUUCCCAGGCCUCUCUGUCCCUGACCGUCAACACUCUGCCCUCCACGGACCGACGACAAAUCUGUUACCUGCCCCCCCGACGCUCUGACGCACAGGAAGUCCUCCACACAGACAUCUUCUCUGUGAACCAGGAGGAGAUUCUGGAUGACGGGGUUGGUCUGAUGCUGGAUAGUUCUGGAGACAGCCUGGACGACGACUCUGAGAUCUUCAGCGAGGCAGACCAAUGCAGAAAGAGUACAGAGCAGGUCGCAGCAUUCUGCCGCAGUCUCCAUGAUAUGAAUCCGUCUGAGUGUGCCACGACCUCCUCAUCCCCCAGCCUGGACUCGCCCUUCCGUCCCCCUGCCACCGGCACCGCCAGCCGCCAGCUCUCCGACGCCGACAAGCUACGCAAAGUAAUCUGUGAGCUAGUUGAGACGGAACGCACCUAUGUCAAAGAUCUCAAUUGUCUCAUCGGGAGGUACUUAACCCCGCUGCAGAAGGAGACGUGCCUCACUCAGGAUGAGCUGGACAUUCUGGUUGGGAACCUGCCUGAGAUGGUGGAGUUCCAGGUGGAAUUCCUGAAGACUCUAGAAGACGGGACCAGAUUGGUCCCAGACCUGGAGAAGCUGGAGAGAGUGGACCAGUUCAAGAAAAUCCUCUUCUCUCUAGGAGGUUCCUUCCUGUACUAUGCAGACCGGUUUAAGAUCUACAGUGCGUUCUGCGCCAGCCACACCAAAGUCCCCAAGGUGCUCGUAAAGGCUAAGACCGAUGCAGACUUCAAGGCGUUUCUGGAAGAGAGGAACCCGAAACAGCAACACUCCUCAACCCUGGAGUCCUACCUGAUCAAACCCAUCCAGAGAGUUCUGAAGUACCCACUACUACUGAGAGAGCUGUACUCACUGACUGACCCUGACAGUGAAGAACACUAUCACCUGAAUGUUGCUAUGAAGGCCAUGAACAAGGUGGCCAGUCACAUCAAUGAGAUGCAGAAGAUCCACGAGGAGUUUGGGUUGGUGUUUGACCAGCUCAUAGCGGAGCAGAGUGGAGACAAGAAAGAGGUUGCUGAUCUGUCGAUGGGUGACUUGCUGCUCCACACCAGCGUAGUCUGGAUCAACCCUCCCUCCUCCCUGGGCAAAUGGAAGAAAGAACCCCAACUGGCUGCAUUCAUCUUCAGAACAGCCGCGGUGUUUGUGUGUAAGGAUGGAUCCAAGCAGAAGAAGAAAACGGGUGGCUCCCAUCGAGUGUCGUCAGUCUCGUCUGAAGACAAGGACCCAUUCCGCUUCCGUCACAUGAUCUCCACAGACGCGCUCCAAGUCCGAGCCCUCAAUAACCAAGACGGAGAGGGCUCUGCCGUGUGUGAGAUCGUCCACGUCAAGUCCGAGUCAGAAGGACGGCCGGAGAGGACAUUCCACCUGUGCUGCAGUUCUGUGGACAGUAAGCAGGACUUCCUGAAGACAGUCCACUCCAUCUUAAGAGAUAAACAACGACGUCAGCUGAUGAAGACAGAGUCUCUACCUCCCAACCAGCAGUACGUUCCCUUCGGAGGCAAACGCCUCUGUGCCCUGAAGGGAGCCAGACCUGCCAUGAACAGAGCAGAGUCAGACCCGGCGAGGACCCUGGGUCGGAGGAAACUGGUGAGGAACCGUUUCACUAUCGACACAGACAUCGUCUUCGACGGCGAGCCGGACCAGGAGUCCCCUCUGUCUCCACUGUCUUCCGAAGAGCCUGAUGGACAGGGACAAAGGGAAGGACAGGGAAAGGAAUGGGGGGAGGUGCAGGCAGGGGAUACAGACCGCUGGGUGGAGGAGCAGAUUGACCUGGAGCACUACGAGGCGCAGCAGGAGGCGCAGCAGGAGAAGGAGGUGAAAGGAAGAGGAGACGUUAAAGAAACAGAGAUCCUUAGUGGUGAUGAUGAUUUCUGCCUGUCUGUCAGAGGACCCUCCACUGAAUCACUGUCCAACACAGACCUAGAUGGGCCUAUCGGGGCCCUGUCCCUGGGAGAGGAAGGCCAAGAUAGGGGCCCUAAACACCCCCAGCCCCAGGGAGCCAUGGGGACCACCACCCCAGGGAUGAGACUUUCCCACCUGGGGAAGCAGUGUGGCCUAUCUGGGAUGAGUGUGGAUGACCAGGGGGCUAGGGAGGAAGGUGAGGACAUCUGGCUACGCAGGGAGAACUGUCCCCCGGACUCAGGGGGUCAGACACUACAGAGCUAGACUACAAGAUCAGCAGAUAGUUACAGACAGUGUGUCUCACCACUCAGACAGAGAGCUUUAUACGAGUUACAAAUGGCACCUUUUUCCCUAUUUGGGGCCCAUAAGGUUCUGGUCGAAAGUAGUGCACUAUAUAGGGAAUAGGGCCCUGUCUAAAGCAGUGCACUAUAUAGGGAAUAGGGUUCUAUAGGGCUCUGGUCUAAAGUGGUGCACUAUAUAGGGA